AUCAGAGACGAGGGUGUCUUUCUCUCUCUAACAUUUUUUAUCCCGUCGUCUGCGGAGCAGGGAAAUCUGAAGUGACCAUAUUUUUUGGUGCAUUUGAUGGGUUUUGACCAGAGAGAGAGAGAGGAGAGAGGAGAGAGGAGAGAGAGUGAGAGACCUUGUGCUCUUUCUUUUCUUCUCCGUCUAGUGUCAUUUUCCAAGAUAUACUCUCGAGGAUAACCAAACCCAAAGCCUACAACUUAUGGCUUUCUCUCUCUCUUCCUUUUUUCUUUCUUUUUUUUUCUUUCCAUGACUUAUCUCUCUCGCUCUCUUUCUCUCUCGUGAGCAUGUCUGUUUGUUCCAGAAGAUUGCUGUCUUCGUUUGCUUUAGCUCAAUAUCCCUUUUAACUUGUUCCCGCACUCAAUAAUUUGGUCUUCAAAGCACGCUCACACAACAGCAAGCUUUCUUCUUUGUUCUUCAUUAAUUGAGAUAGCUAGCUUUCCAAAUAUUAUUUGGAAGAAAAAAAAAAAAAACCCAAAUCUCCCCCAAAUAUCUUCAAGCUCAAAAGAAAUUACCUCCACCUUUUUCUUUAACUCUUUUCCUCAACUUUCUUCACUCACAAGUUGGAUUUGAGUAGCAGCAGGGAAGCAAAAAAGAGAGGAAAAGAGGGGUAGCUUGCUAGUAUUUGGUUUGGUAAAGUAGUGAAUCAGAAAAUGCCCUUGGAAGGGAUUUUCAUAGAACCCUCUUCAGCCACAACUACGACUAGUUCUUGUCCAAUUCCUGAUCUUUCUCUUCACAUUAGUCCUCCCAACACUUCCUCUAAUUCAUCAUCAAUUUUCAAUACCACCAUUAGUGAAACCCAAAAUCCCAGUACUAGUAAUUCCCAAGCUCACACUGAGCUAUCCCUAGGGCGAUGCUUCACCGGCGGAGCUCACGAGCAAGAACCACCACAAAACCCUUAUCAACAACAAAGUUUUCAUCUUCACCGUUCCAACAGUCAUUUAAGCCACUUAAAUCACGGUGUUUCGCUGCUUGAUGUCUCGUCAUCAGAGGGUUUAAGGCCGAUUAAAGGGAUUCCGGUCUAUCAUCAGAACCGUUCAUUCCCCUUCUUGCCUAUGGACAAUAUGAUCACAAGAGAUCAUCACAAGGAUUCAAGGAUGUGCUUCUACCCAAAACCUCCUCCACCUUCUUCCUAUAACCAUCCUUCUUUUCCUUCAGCUGCCUCAUGCUCCCCUAAUAUGCCGUCUGCGCCUUAUUUCGGAGGAGGAGGAGCCGGCGGUUUUGAUCCCAUGUCGAGAUUUACCAGGUUCUCACCCGUGGAUGUGUUUAAAUCUAACAGUCAACUGCACCACCACCAUCAUCUUCAUCAACUUCAUCAUCACAAUCAGUAUGGUAGUGGAGGGGUUGGACCAAUGUCUGAGGGAUCUCAUCACGGUAUCAUGAGAUCGAGGUUUUUGCCAAAGCUGCCGACAAAGCGGAGUAUGAGAGCUCCGAGGAUGCGAUGGACAAGUACUCUCCAUGCCAGAUUCGUUCAUGCUGUUGAGUUUCUUGGUGGCCAUGAAAGAGCUACUCCGAAGUCAGUUCUUGAGCUCAUGGAUGUCAAGGAUCUCACUCUAGCUCAUGUCAAGAGCCAUUUACAGAUGUAUCGAACUGUUAAGACCACUGACAAGCCUGCAGCUUCUUCAGGGCAAUCGGAUGGAUCUGGCGAGGACGACAUCCUCUCUCCGAUUUGCAGCGCAACGGAUCAGCAUGCCCUACGCAAUACUCAGCAAUUUCCAGAGCAAAGAGGACCGUCCGAUCGGUCUGUGCAACCAGAGGCGGACUACACUUCCAGUACCACUCUUUGGAGUAACUCUUCAAGUAGAGAGGCAUUUCCACAUACUAAUUCUCAUGACAUGGACGGGCAAACACCAGCAGUAUCCUCCCAAUUACAGAAAAUAUCUGGUCAUAAAAUUCAGGAAUGUGAUUCAAACAACCUGAAGAGCUAUCUGGGAUCUAACUUUGAUACCAGACAUCCAAGCUUGGAGUUCACGUUAGGCAGACCGGACUGGAAUGGCAAAGCACAUGAGUGAUUCAGUUUUCUGUCUUUUCAUGGUUUACUUUCUUGGAAUCAAAGUGUUAGAAGAGCUUAAGUUGAGUUAUUUGAGUGGAUAGAAAUUCUUUUAGGACUGUUAUGAGCAGCUAUAUUAUACGUAGCUGCUUCAGUUUCAUAAGUCCUUUAACUGGGCGAACAAGAAAGAGAAGAAAAGGUGUGUAUAGAGGGGAAGAGAAUUCACAUCAAAAUGGUGGAUUGGUUCGCCUCCUCAUUUCGAUUAUGGCUAUGUAUAUCCCAGCCAUCCAUGUCUGACAGAGACUUGGAAUUUUCAGGGUAAAAUCCAGCUUUGGUUCCGUGUAAGGAAUCAUCGUAAGUUCAACGGGAAAAUCGUGAUUUUCCGUGUUAGAUAAGUGAGAGUUUACAACAUCAUACUUGUAAUAGUUGGGAAGGGGUUUCUCAUCAGAAAUGAACAGAGCUUGUAUUUCAUCAGUUUGAAUCUCUAUUGCUGCCCAA